AUGGCGGCGGAGAACGAGGCCAGUCAGGAGAGCGCCCUGGGCGCCUACUCGCCGGUGGACUACAUGAGCAUCACCAGCUUCCCGAGGCUGCCGGAGGACGAGCCCGCGCCCGCGGCCCCUCUGAGGGGCCGCAAGGACGAGGACGCCUUCCUGGGAGACCCCGAUACCGACCCGGACUCCUUCCUGAAGUCAGCAAGGCUGCAGCGGCUGCCAUCCACGUCGUCGGAGAUGGGCAGCCAGGACGGGUCCCCACUUCGGGAGACGCGCAAGGACCCUUUCUCCGCGGCAGCGGCCGAGUGCUCCUGCCGCCAGGACGGACUCACAGUCAUUGUCACAGCCUGCCUCACUUUUGCCACGGGUGUCACUGUGGCGCUGGUCAUGCAGAUUUACUUCGGAGACCCUCAGAUCUUUCAUCAGGGUGCCGUGGUGACUGAUGCCGCCCAUUGCACGUCACUGGGCAUCGAGGUGCUCAGUAAACAGGGAUCUUCUGUGGAUGCCGCUGUGGCAGCAGCCUUGUGUUUGGGGAUCGUGGCUCCGCACAGUUCUGGCCUAGGCGGUGGGGGCGUGAUGCUGGUCCACGACAUCAGAAGAAAUGAGAGCCACCUAAUUGAUUUCCGGGAGUCUGCACCAGGGGCCCUCAGGGAAGAGGCCCUGCAGAGAUCCUGGGAAACCAAGCCUGGGCUCUUGGUGGGGGUCCCCGGAAUGGUGAAGGGGCUACAUGAAGCUCACCAGCUCUAUGGCAGGCUGCCAUGGUCCCAAGUCCUGGCCUUCGCAGCAGCUGUGGCCCAAGAUGGCUUCAACGUGACCCAUGAUCUAGCCCGUGCCCUGGCCGAACAGCCUCCGCCCAAUGCAUCUGAGCGUUUCCGUGAGACAUUCCUGCCAUUGGGCCACCCGCCACUACCGGGCUCACUGCUGCGUCGGCCUGACCUGGCCGCAGUGCUGGAUGUGCUGGGCACCUCUGGCCCCGCCGCCUUCUAUGCAGGAGGCAAUCUCACACUGGAGAUGGUGGCCGAGGUGAGCACUUGGGGAGCCCCCCUGCCCUGA